AUGGGAGAGGCGCUGGCGCUGAUAUUAAGGGAAAGUUAGUGCAAAGCCAGGCACCCUCUUUUUUAUUGUCGUUGACAUUUAAACUGUGUGGCAGAUUCUUAUGUAGAAAUUGGCGAUCAAACCUGCCAGUUACCGACUCUCAGAGGCGCAAUUGGGAACCCGCGGAUCAUGAGCCUCUGCCUGCCCUCUCUCUAACAGGUAAACAUUUGAUGCUCUUUAUCCAGGCGUCGGGGGGAGUUGCCGGAUUCCUCCUGAAACAAUUGCCGCUGCGUUUGUUUCUCCCCUUCUCUGCCUCGUCUAGAUUUCUUCCUUCCUUUCUUUCCCGUUCUUUCUCUCCCUCUGACCUCUUCGUUUCCAUUACCAAGCCCAGGAUUUAUUUAUAUUUUUUAAAAACUCUUAUUUCCGCCCCCCUCCCAUCUCUCUCAGCCUUGUGCGGAGUGUUAAUUACAAGCGGCAUAAAAGGGGGUCACGCUGGCUCGUGACCAACUGCCAGGUUCGAGGGGGCGCGCACAGAAAGCGCAGUGCCAACAGGUGGGAGGAAGAAAGAGGGCGCGGGGCAGAGAGUUGGGCUUUGGCGUGGCUGGGCAGACGCGAGGCUUGGAGCAGCCCUGAUCUCUCCCCGCUUGGGCAACCGAGGCGCCUUGUAUGGAAACACCGGCUCAUGUGCUCGCUGCCACCGGUUUGGGGAUGUGUGGGGAGAGGCAUGGGGUGGGUGCGCGGGGGGGGGGGUUGAGAGAGGAGGAAGAAGUUGGUCCUUGACCUCGCCCACGGCCUCCAGCCCUCGCCAGGGCGCUCCCGAAGUUCAGGCAAGGGAACGAAAGAAUGCGGCUCGCAUACUUGGGUAGCAUUUUCAAUCCCCAGACCGUGUGAUUUGAGCUUUCCUUGGGAAGACCUAAUAAUUAACGAUUUCCACUGAGGUAGAACGAACAGGGGCUUCGGAUUACGCACGCCCGGCUCGCCUUGAGCUUCCGGGCACUUCAGAAGGGACUCUGCAGCGCAGAGACGUCGGGGGCGUUUGGCGCAGACAGAUCCUCGGGUCCGGUGGAUCUUUCGGGGUUUUGCGGAGUUUGGGGCUGGUUUUUUGUUUUUUCCUUCCCCCAGUCUGACCUCGAGUCCUGCUCCACUCUCCGGUCAGUUCACUCACGUGCCUGGUAACCACUUGCCAACCGGGGUCUGUUUGUGAACCGGCGCAAAUCCACACCCCUCUCUCCCCGUCCUGGAUGGCUCUGCUCGCGGCGACGUCUGCGCUUAGGCGAGCCGGGAGGGGCUGUCCGUUGAGGCACCCACCAACUCUGGGGCGUCCCCACGUUUCCAGCAAGGUAAUGUCUCGGCUAGAUCAUUGUUCGCAGACCGAAGCUGUACCAAGGGAAGAGUGAGCGGGAGGGGGUAAAGAAUCCUUUACUAAGGCAACCUGCGAAGCGCGCUUUUUCGCGCCCGAUCCACAAACCACUUCAGCCGAAAUCGAUACGUCUUCCGUUGGAGUUAAAACUGACGUUCCUUUCUAAGCACAGGUAAAUCGGCCCAGUAAGACUUACUCCAGAGUAAAGGAGCUUUGGGGCCUUAGCCGGAAACGUCGGUGUUUUCAAGGCAGUCCCUUAGAAAUCCAUAGGAUUUGUUUCCAGGUGAUGUGUUUAAUGCUAGGCUGUAUGUAAAAGUAUACUGCUGAGUAUUCCUGGUCUGCAUAAAAUGCAGUCGGUGUAUUAUAAGGGGUGGAGAGAGAAGAGAUUGCUGUUUUUCUGUUGCGCCUGUCAUCUGUUGCCGUCAGGUUAACUGUCUCUAAAACUUUCUGCUUUGGGAACUGCUUCCUGGAUCCGCGCGUUUAACUUCCUUUGAGGUUGCGGCGUGGUGAUGGUUUUCUUUUCCAUUAGGUUGCUCGAACGUCUGAAAAGGUGUGCGGAAAUACCCUGGUUGGUGCCUGGUGGAGCCUCUCGUUGUGUUUUUGUUUUUGCUUAACUCUGGAUGGUUGGUUUGUUAGUGGAAGAGAAAGCAAGGGGAAUUGUACGGUGCAUUUAAGUUCAGAAACGCAACUUCAGCCGCACAAUCGAAACUCCAAUCUUAGGCACCCAUUAUUUGUAGGGAAAAGUUCUGUUUCAACCGAUUGGACUUACUCGUGAGUAAACAGAGCUUGAGUUGCGCCGGGAGAAGUCCGCACCGCACUUUCUGAGAAGUAAAACUCGGUAUCCUGCGCACACGGUUGCUUGGGAGUAAAUUCAAGUAGCUGGAAAUAGGAGGGCGCUUAGGAUUGCAGCCCAAGGCAGGUAAAUUGUGUUUUAGAUUCUUCCUUCUCCUGUUCCUUCUUUGUACUUAAUUAGAAAAAAGGGAUUAGUAGGAUAAUGGCUCUCCCCUCCCUCCCUCCCUCUCUCUUUCUCUCUCUUUUCCAUUCACUCUCCUGGAUCAAGCUGUAAGACUUCGCCUUCCCAGCCCCUCAGCUCCUACACCAAAUCCCUUAAGGUGCUUUGGCACCAAAAAAAAGGGGGGAGUCCACUUUAAUCUCCACCGGUAAAUGGACAUUCUGGGUGAGUAAUAAAUCAGACACCCAGCCUCGCAGGUCCUCCUCCCUAAUUAGAGAUGUUUAUUGGAGAUUGUGUUUAUCCAGCUGUCACGACGAGAAAAAGCUGUGACAUAAUUACCUCUGACCACAUAGUCUUUUAUACGCAUAUCUCGUUGACAUCCAGCACCAUCGGUUCGCAUUAAAAAUGACAAGAUCAAAAUGUUGAUUUUCGCAGACGGGAUAAUAUUUCUCCACCUUUACCUUAAUUGAAACUCAGCUCGAGGGGAGGGACGGACUUGAGCGUCGGGCCAGUCCAUUAAAAAAAAAGAAGAACCAACCCACACAUUCAACUUUUUCCCUUCAGGAUAAUUAAAAAAAAAUAUCUUUUUAAUAAAAAAAAAAUCUGAGUGAGGUGGUGUUGAGGAAAUUCUUUCCGUCCGUUUUGACUGCAAACCCACUCUAAAGUUCUUCGUUCGCAAACAGGCACAGGAGGGGGAAAAAGAGAAAAGUGAGGAAGGAAGGAUAGUCUAAAUUGGCAUAGGCUUUUCAGGUGUUGCCUUCCACUCUCUCUCUCUCUCGAAUUCCGGUGGUAAAUAGAAAGGCAGCGGGGGAGAUAGAGAGAAAUAAUGACACUGGUUUCGCUUUGAGGUGAGCCAGUGCUCCUUUCUAGGCGCGCAGUGCCGGGUCGGGUCCGGCGUGGGGUUUUCGGAGGCUGCAGUUCCGAGGGUCUCGCUCGCUGCCUUUGCUGCAGUUGUUUCUCUGGCAGCGUUUGUGAAACCAUCUGCGUGUUUCUGUUAGGCGGCGAUGAUAAGCUAAGAAUUGCUCUGUAAUUGAAAAUAUAUUUUUUGGGGGGGAGUCUGGCUUGACAAAUAUCAAGGGGGCGAGUCUUUUGAUCCUUUCUGCCGCUGUGUUCUCUAGUCGCUAAUAAAACUCGCAUUGAGCUCCUUAGCGCCUUGAUUAACAGGCAGAUUAAGUGUUACUGGGGUUUGGAACAGCUUGUCCCAAUCAAUAGUGUUUAAAAAGCCCGUCGGGAUGCGCUUUGCUGGCGAGUCCCCGCUCCCUUUCCACUUUUUUUUUUUUUUUUGAGGGGGGGAGACUUUUCCAGCAAGUCCCUUCGAAAAAUCUACCAGAACGAGAUAAAUAUCAAACCUUUCCUGGAUGAAGGAGGGGGGGAAACAUGGAUGUUGUCUUUUCUUUCAGAGUCCAUAAAUUGAGUCCUUUUCUUGUCCCCUCCCCUUCGCCUUUAUUUUUUUUUUAAUCCUUCCACACAAAAGGUUGCGCCUUCUUGCAAAACGCCCGACGUAAAAGAGGUUAAAUCGAUUCCAAACUUUUUGCAGAUUGCUCCUAAACUCGCCAAAGCUCUAUUUAACUCAAUGUCCGGCGCAUUAGAGGUUUCAAGCGCUCUUUCUCCAUAUCCGACUCGGCAUUCGGUGUCCGGGAGGCAAACGCAUUGUAGUCUAACACGUCAGGGUUUGUGUAUCUCUUCAGUGGGAGACUGAAGUGGACAAGAGGACUUUAAGCAUUUUUCUGGGUAUUAAAAAAAGGAGGUUCGCGAGCCAGAUAUUAAUACAACAAGACGAUCCAGGAGCACUGAACUGAGCGACUCCUGUUCCUAAGGAAGUGGAGAAGGGGAGAAUUUUUUUAUUAUUAUUUGUCCCUGACAAAUAAAUACCUACUUCUGCAAUCAAUGGCAGUAUCGGGAGAAUGAAUCUAAUUUAGUCACAUUUCCUUGAUAUGUUUGCUUUCUGCGAGAAAGUAGUAGAGAUGUUUGCUGUUUCUUUUAAGGGGGUGUAAGGGUUUUUUUGGGGGGGUUAAAUUGCAAAGGAUUAUAAUUUUUCAGUUGUAAUUCUCUCAUCUUAAUAUUAACUUUCCGAGUGAUUUUGAAUCCACUUCCUGAACACCUGUGCCCUUCACACACACACACACACACACACACACACAAUUCAAGGCAAAGAUAAGUUUAAUCCAAAGGCAGAGUGACUGAUGCACCUGACACUGGUACAUAAGGCGAGGGAGAAUUAAUCAUAUUCUCCCCAUUCCGUCCCCUCCAAAAAAAAAAGGAAAAAAAGAUAUAAACCGGAAUCCCUAGAGUUAUUUCCCACCGCAGGAGUAUUCCUAACUGCUCAAGACAUUUCUGAUCAAUCCACUCUGAAUCCACCAGACGCUCAGAAGAACGAGCCAGACUCUGUUGUAGUAAAAACAGGAAGUGGCACCUUCGAAAUAAAGCCUAACAGACGGACCGCGGCAUAAGCUUUGGUGGUGCAGAUCCCUCUUCCUCAGAGGCAGGAAGUGUUAUCCUCAGUUAGCACUCAGUUUACAGACAAACACGUCGUGCAUCAGACUCCGUUGGCUCCCCUCCACACAGAGCUUAUGCCACAAUAAAUCUGUUUGGCUUUCAGGUGCCACAAGACUCUUCGUUGCUGUUGCUGCCCGUCUGGUGCUCGUUCUUGCCAAAUUAGAAAAGGCGCAAGCUGCCAUCCUAGGUGCGCGUCUUUGGGGAGUAAAUAAGCUUCCCCCCACCCCAUCCAUCCACGAUGACAUUUCCGAAUCUACGUGGAGUGCACGUGUCUACUUAGAAAUCCACUUGGGAUCCGGACCCUUGCUUCUCAAGUCCUCUGGUUGCGGCGGUCCCUCCAGGUCUGGUGGGCAAGGUGCUAAGGUGCCAACCUGGUGAGCAUCAAAUGCAUUUGUUUCUCCGUUCAGCGCUUAUUUUCCCUCCUGUGGUCAAGAGAAAUCCCUGGAGGAAAGGGCCAUUUCUUUCCCCCGCAGCCAAUCUACCCUGGCGCGCUCAUUCCUCAUUUCCACUUCACAAGCAAAACUGGUGGGGGUAAUCAUCCCUUACCCCGCAAGAAGGACGCUUGAGUUUGCCACCCCACUCGCGAUCACUUCCACGGCCUCAUCCCUCCUUGCUCCAUCGUGUGCCUGCCACUUUAAGCAAGUUAAUUCUCAAGUUCAAAGCUGCUGACAAAAGACUAAAAAAAAAAGUAACAGGGCAGAGGAGUUUGGGGUUUCUCGUGUUUUAUUCUGUUUUUGUUUUGUUUUGUUUUGUUUACACCUGUUUAUAUAUACCUGGGGGAAUCCAGGACGUGCUUUUUUAAAAAAAAACUUGUGUUGUUGUUUAAAAACAAAACAAAACAGAGCAACCCAGAGUUAAAAUGGCGCCCUUCGAGUUGUGGCUCAACUUGGCAAGGACUUUUUCCCCCCCUGGUCGUUGGAGAGCAGGUACUAUUUCAAAGGCUCCCGGGGUUGUCACUGGCAGCGCUCGCCCCCAGACGCUGCUUGCGAGAGCAAGUUGAGCGAAGGCGAAGGGCGUCCCUCCCUGGCCGACGUGCGCUCUCGCUGCACGUGAGAACCUGCUCCCCUCGCCCGGAUCUCCCACGCGCGCGUCUUCUUCCAUCUCAGUUCUCCCAGCCGGAUCCGAAGCGGGCUUCUUCCUUCCACGGCGCUUACUCCUAAGCAAGCGCGCCUGGCCCCAUUUCCCCCCUCUGCCCCGCCUCCUUUACUCUACUCCAGGACUCAUCCCAAGUUGUGUUUUUUCCCCUCGCACAAUUUUUACACUUUUCUCCCUCGCUCUUUAAAACACACACACACUCACACACUCUCACUUCGCCCGGCUCUGUCCCUCCUCCCCUUUUCUCGCCUCUCCACGUCUUCGCAGAAAUCCCACUUUCCUUUCUCACACCCCCAUUCUACACGCCUUGUCCUCUUCCUCUCCUCUUUCUCUUUCACACAUGCACAUUGUCAUGCAGGCCCUCCGCUCCGCUCCUGUCUUCCUCCUCCCUCCCUCCUCCCUCUCCUCGGCCCCUCCUUCCCUUUCAACUUUUGCUUUCCUUGCUUCGGAGGCUCCCUCGCCUGCCCUCGGCCUCCCGUCUCCAACGUCCUGAUAAAUCAGCAGCAAAGCGAGGCACCCAAUCUUUUUCUUCUUCACCUUUUGUGGCACUUUUUUCUUUCUCCUCCCCCCUUCUUCCUUUCUUCCCAGACUUGCUUCCUCUCUCCUUCCAUUCCCAUCUCUGCAAUGACGUCAGAUUAUUCACCGUUUCCCUCCCCUUAUUAUUUCCUCCCCCCCCAGUUAAAAAACAAACAAAACAAAACUAGCGGGAGGGGGUGGAGAGGGAAGGGGCGCAAGGCCCACUGUGCCCUGGGGGAAAUAGCAACAAGAUUACGGCUUCUUUAUUCUGAAGGAGCAGCAUAUAAGGAGCUGCUAAUCCAAACGAAGGCUAAUUGAAUGGUUGUAAAAAUGAAAUUUGCCUGAAGAUCUGGACGUGUCCGUCCCCCCUAAAAACAAGCGUCAUGAGUUCUUUUUAUUUCCCCCACUUUCUACCCUGUUGUUUUGCCCUUUUUUGCCUUUCCACAUGAGGAAAGUAUUAAAAAAAUGUUUGUUGGACAAAAAAAGAGAAAGGAUUCGUCUGAUUUCCAGAAGACUAGAAGUCACAUUAAACAAAACAAAAAUCCCCAGGAUCUCGGGGAUUAUUUUUGUUAUUAUUCUUAUUCUCUUUGCGAUUUUUUUUUUUUAAGAGGGAGAGAUUUUUCAGACAACAGGAAGAAAAGAAAAGAAAAAGCUUUGCAGAGGACUAGGUUGAAGGAGCGGGGUCUUUUCAAGACACUUUGCUAAACUAUCCCGCAGCGGCAACUCUAUGCGGUGAAACCCGCGAGGCAAGCGAGACAUUGGCUUGGUAAUCUAUGUUUUCUUCCCAUUUUGAUCUCUCUGCAAAGAUCUCCUUUGGCGCACUUUGAAAAAGCCCGCGCCCGCUGAAGUCAACAGCAAAGUUCCCAUGGAGUUGAAUGGAGCAGGACUGCCGUGUAAGAUUUAGCCAUUGAUCGCGGGGACUUUGCAGAAAUUAGUAGGGUUCCAAUGUAUGGGAGACACUUCAAAAAUAACAGUAGGGCAAAACGAAAGGAUAAUAAAUUUAAACACAGAACUAAAAUCGUCCAAACACUACACACACACACACACACACACACACACACACACACACAGCCCUACACCUCUAUCUGUAGCAGCAUCCCAGCUAUGAGAAUUCUCAAGUUUCCUACCUACCUUUUAAGGGGAAUCCUAUUAGAAUGUCCCCGUGUGGUUGGUUUUUUCACCCCAGCUUUCCAUCAUAGUUAUUCGGCUCCGAUUACAUUGAAAUAAAAAGGAUAUUUCCAGCCAGCGUGGAGGGGGCUGCAGCUCGCCUUAGGCCUGAACUAUUGUAGCUGGAGGUAAAAGAUUUGUCCAACCCACCGGAUCUCUUUCCUUCAGCAAACUGAAGUGGCCUGGGUUAUCGAUGCGGGCUGCAAUGUGGGAUAGAGAAACAAAUCAAAAAUGGGAGGGGGGCAAUGCCCGGGUGGGGGAAAAUCUGGAUCAGCAAAGGAAAGAAGAAAGGGAGAGGGGGGGUGGAGAGAGAGAGAGAGAGAGAGAGAGAGAGAGAGAGAGAGGUCUCCCUGAGUGGCGUUUGCAGAAGAAUGUCUCAACCCUCCCAGCUAGGCUGGGCAAUUCUCUGUGACUCUUUUCCCAUUUGCUGCAAAAAAGACACCAAAAACUUUGGAAGCGGAGGCCUGAAAAAAAAGAGGGGACCGAGGAGAAAGUCCUGAUUUUAAAUCCCAGCCUUUCUUUGCUGCAGCCUCCUCUCUUUCCCCUAAAAAAAUUAAAAUAAAUAGAAAGCAAGACCCAUAAAAGCGCAGCCCCACACAUUAGUGGUAAUCAGCAUCAAGGCAAAUUGGCACAAGAAGGAAGGAAAGAAGGAGUUUGGAAGAAGAUGAAGAAGGAGGGAGAGAGGGAGGGGGACACAGAGAGAGAGAGAGAUCCACACACAUCCCAGAGAGGAAUCGCCCGGUAGUCUCUUAAGAGCCCAUUUUGUGCUAUUAGGGGCCGCGGUAGCUUCUCUGCAGGGCUGGAGAUGACAGUGCAUGACGGCCUGGCAGCCCAUUAUCCAGCUCCUAUUGAGGCGUCCUUUCACUCCCAUGCAAACUCCUUGGCAGAGUCGUUUGUCUCCUCAUUGUACUUUAUUGAAGAAUGCAAUGGUUGUCAGGGCCCUCAUUCAAUCGCCAGCCACUUUAUUGAUGAGCUCUGACUUUUAGCACUUUUCACAUGUCAAGAGAAGUCAAGUGUAUGCGGGGCUACGACUUCAUUUUAUGCUUGGCGCGUUCGUGUACCACCCACCCCCACCUGAAACCCUUCCCCACUUUUUUUGCCUCUUGGAAUUUCUGGGGCUUUUUGCCUUCUUUCCUCCUCCUCCCCCCCCUCCCGUCGCCUCCCUGCCCCCUCCCUCCCUCUCUCCUCCUUUCCCCUUCCCUCUUUGUGCAGAAGUUCAUCUCCCCCACCCCUCCCCACUCCCCGCCUCCCAGACCACUCGCCAUAAACGAUCGGAACACCCCGAGCUCAAACUGGUGCUGCCAGUGUCACCUUAAAUGCAGGCGCGGAGGGGUUGCUUUGGAGUGUACUGAGGUGUGUCUUAAUACUCCGCCAUUCAACAAAUGAACUUGUGGUGGUGUGUGGUCAGAGAAGCAAAGUCAUUUGCUUUCCUUCGGCCCCUGAUUUCCCUGGCAGGAGAGAAAGAGAGGGAAGGAGGGAGGGAGGGAAAGAGAGAGAAUCGCCCUGCGCACAUGAGUGAGCUAAAUCUGGUGAGAGCAACAAGCAAAACCCCCUCUCCAACACACACACACACACACACACACACACACACACACACACACACACACGCCGACCCUUGCGGUGGAGAUAUUUUAGCACUCCUCCCUCCUCUCUUUCUCCCCCUCCUUGGAGUGUCUGCUAGAGAGAGGUGGGGGGGGGGGAGAGAAACACAACAGCACUUAGUCAACAAACGGCACGUGGAAGAAGUUUGGGUGUUUGGGAAAGGACUCUUCAGGCCCCUUCACGAAAGUCCUCAAUACACAAAGUAAAGUGUGUAUUUGCUCUGCACUUUCCAGGCAGCGGGGAGAGAGAGAGAGAGAGUUUCCUUUCUCCAUCACAUCUCGAGGAGAGAGAGGAAAGGGGGGGGGGAGGAAAGGAGGGGGGAGGGGAGGGGGAAAAUACCCACACACCCAACUGUGGACUUGGCUACCUCCAGGCGAUUCCCAGUUGACAAAGCGCCUGUCUCCCAAAUAUUUAUGUCGUUACCAUUUGAAUGUUAUUUUUUCCUUAUCUCCAUUGUCUGCUGGGAGCGAACUGUUUAAAUGCAAAUAGUUCGCCCCCUCCCUUUCUGUCUCCCCCAUCCCACCCCUCAAACACACACACACCCACCCGCCCGCACAAACCUAGAUCGCCUUGGAAAGAAAAGGGCAGUCCUCGUUUUUAUUUUUCCGAGCGACGUUAUUUAUUUACUCCAGGCCCUAUCUCGAAGGAAAUGGGGCGAACAGAGGGGAUCUCUGAGGUGGGGAAGGAGGCAAAGAGGCAAAAAAUUAAAAAGUUCAGCCGGGAGACAUGACUGAACCCUAACCAGGAAAACGUCCCACCCCACCCCCCAAAAAAACACGAAACCUUAGCGGAGGGUGCCUGUCCGCUCACCGCGCGUCCUGGAGCCUCGCAUUUGAGCCCAGGGAUGGUGGAAGAGGAACUCAGGGCAAAGAGGGCUGGAGAUGGGGGGGGGGGUGUAGGGGGGAGAGAGAGGUCGGUGGAAUCUAAGCGAGGAGGAGCGGGGAGCUGGGGGGGGGAGCAGGGGAGAGAGAGAGAGAGAGAGAGAGAGAAGCCAGUGCAUUCAUAUUCAAACAAAUGGGCCAAUUGAACCAGGCAGUGCGGUUGAGCGUCCAAUCGGCAGCUAGGAGGCAAUGGCGUUGCUUUGCAUAAAGCAAUAUUUUGUGUGGGAGCGAGCGGAGCAUUUGCAUGCGUGGAGUGAUUAGUGGGUUUGAAAAGCGAGCCCUGGCUCAGCCUCAUUUCCCGCUCUGGUUCAGGCGCAGGGAGGAAGUGUUUUGCUGGAAGAUGAUGACAGAGGUCAGGCUUUGCUAAUGGGCCAGUGGGGAGCAGGGGAGGCGAGGCAGAGACCAGGCGCACACAUACAUUAAUACACUUGAACCAUCACCAAUCAGCAUAGGUGUGCUCUGUCUCUCCCUCUUUCCCUCCCUCUCUCCCCCCUACUUCGCUCACAUCCUCUUUCUUUCUCCCUCUCCAGUCAGUGACAGCCCAUUUUAUUGUCAAUCUCUGUCUCCUUCCCAGGAACUCAAGAUCACACAACCAGCAGCUUCAGUGGAGAAAAACUCUUUUACUGGCAACCCUUUUUAAGGCACCAUCAUUUCAAAUCAGGGGCGCUUUUUAAAACUAUUGACAGGAGCUUUGACAACAAGACAGGAUGCCUCAGAAAGGUGAGUCUGCUCGUUUCUUCUCCUCGCUUCAGUUCAUUUUAAUAUUUAGACAGGUCUCUCCCUCUCCCCCCCUUUCUCUCUCCGCCCCCCCCCCCUGUUUCGCUCACAUACACACCAUUUCUUACAUUCCGGGAAAGGAUCUUAGGCGAGAUGCCAGUCUCAAAGGCUUCCAAACUUUGUCCUUUUCGCUCCAGCCUUCUUUCUCCUCCUCUUCUUUUUCCUCCUCUUCCUCCUUCACGGACCGACCCCCGCCCCUGUUUCCUGAGAAAGCAUCUAUCUCUCUCUUUCUCUCUUUGGAUAGCAACAGCAGCAGACUCGCCCGGCCUUUCUGCUAGACAGAGCCCCACGAAAGGCUUGCUCCGUUUGGCACAGUGCGAUAGGGACGGCCAAAGCUGUAGGGAUCAUCUGAGCGCGCGCGCACACACGAGAAUGCAUCACACCUGGUUCCUAUGAGGGGCAUUUGUUGUUGCGGUUGUUGUGAAGGAGGCGUUAUGGACCACACGGCGUUGCUUGUCCCCUUGCAUUCUUGGGAAGCUGGGUCCAUCCAAGCUCAGUGUCUUUAUUCCCCGCUUCUUUUCCUUGGUUGCUUUGUAUCUCCGUCAAGCUGAAGCUGUGCGUGCGUAUGCGUGUGUGUUGAUGAGGGACUUUCGUUUAGGCAACUCUCGCUUCUCCCUUUAUUUAUGUCUAUAUAUCUCUUUUCCCCCUCAAUCUAACCGGCCUUAAGGAAAUGGGGAAGAGAGAGGCACGCGGGCCGGCGGGAGGGGGGGACACGACGACACACAGAGUCACAUUCUAGGCCAAGUCAGGUCUCAGUAGUUGUAUCCGGGAAGGUCUGAGCGGAGCUGAAGGACUGUCACUCUCAAUCAAGCAGCCUCGAGAUCUCCCCAAACUUGUCCACGACGAGACUGGGAAUGAGCAGAACUUUCUAACUUGAUCACUACCUGGCUCGAAGUACAAACUGUUUAAACAAAAACAGCCACAAAAAAACAACAUUUCUCUCUCUGCGCUCUUUGCCACCCCCCCCCCCCAGCACUUCACUCAAAUCUCCGAGAUCGUUUAAGUCUCCUGAGUUUUGCGCUCCAAAGAAUCUGCGAUCAAUAGCUCCCCCCCCACCCCAUUCUCCACAAGUUUCUAGGCUAGAGAAUGUUGUCUGCUUCCUUUUCAAGUAGCAAAUGGGUUUUUUGUUGCUGUUGUUUUGGUUUGGUUUUGGAUUUUCGAAAUCUCAUUUCCUUGUUGGGUGGAUGUUUUGAAGUUUCGCCCAGACUCACGUAAAAUGCAGGGCAACCCCCAAAAAAGUUCACUCCCCACCUCCUCGCUUCUUCAGAGUUUCCACCUCUACCGCCAUACAUUGAGGCUGAGAUUUUACGCACACUUUAAUGUGAGAAUAAACGUCACUGAAACAAAAAGCAUUUCUGAGUGAACUUGCAUAGGCAAGGGCUGCACAAGUGAUUGCUUCAGGAGUGCAAGAAUAAACUUCUGUCUGUUUUCUUUAACUCUAUUUAAACUAAUCUAACUAGGGGGAGGGAAUAAUAAACCACUGGCGUCUUCAAAUCAGGGGUUUAAAAUACGAGGGGAGAAACUCCUGAUGCGACCAGGCUUACAAAUAAACUUUUCAGGCCCAGUCGAGAGCACCGAGCAGUUCCUUCCAGAAAGUGAAGCCAUUCAUUAUGGCUGGAGGCUGAGCGUCUUUAUAGGCCUAAAAUAAUAAUUGUGGUCUUUGGCAAUAAAUUUUUAUAGCCGGUGACCUUUAGCAAACGUCUCUACGCCAAUGGAUUAGCGUUUAUCUUUUGCUUAUACGGCCCGGGAUUGUAAACGUUUGUCAUCUUAAUAGCUAAUUAUGUUUGCAGCGGAGGGGAGGAUCAAAUCUCAAAGACGAUCAGAUUAGAUCCAGAUUUGGAGAUUUAAAUAGGAAUUUGCAGAUUAGGCCUAGCCGGGACCAGGGAGACGUUGCGUUUCGCGUAGGGUUUGUAAUCUCACCGGGAUAUUUGAUCGAGGCUGCUCUCUGCCUACCUGCAUCUCUUUGUGAAUAAUUUCAUUUUAAAAAUUCAGUAAAAAGGAGCUACUUUCUGGCAAAGAGAGAAACUCCACCAUUAUUGCGCUUCCGGGUGGGGGAAGGGAAGAAGGGUCGGUUUUGCUGGUGGUUGUAGAGCUCAGUCCACCUUCUAAUUAAAAUAGCCCAAAAGCCCAAAUCUUUCUCUCUCUCUCUUUUAUCUCUUCACUCCCCCCUACCCCAAUUUUGCUGUCACGGAUUCAUCAGAAUAACGCCUCGGUUUAUUUGUUGGUGCCUGAAACCAGCUAGCCGUCUUUGUUUGUUAACACCCCAAAUAAGUGCCAGAGUGAGUUCCUUAAAAUGCAUUUCGCCAGUUGGUAUAGCAGAGACUGGGAAGUGUUCACAAUAACAGUCCUCCGCGCCUGGGCGAAAAAGGCUCUCUCUCUCGUUGCUUCUCACGCUUCGGCGUCUUUCUGUCUUGGAACGGUUGUCCUGCGUGCAAGCGUGUGUCCCGGCAGACGUGUUCGGUGUGUUAAAGGGGCGCCUUCUGGAAACUCUGGGCGACUGGAGGCACCGGCUUUUUCCGGAGAAGGGUCCAGGGCGCUAGGCUCGGCUGCUAAUCAGGUGCCUCUCCAAAGCGGAGUAAAUAUUUACCACCGCGCGCCUCAUUCACGCUGCGAGAGGAGUCCUUGUUCCGUGUUGAUUUUCUUUCCCCCCUUUUAAUGGGACGUAGAUGGCUUUGGGGAAAAAAGCACUUUAAAAAAAUCAUACCGGAGUCGUUUUGGACCCGGAAGAAGAUGCCUCUUUUUCUAUGUAGAAAGAAUAAAAUUAAUAUUCAUUAUAGCCUGGAAAGAGAAGAGAUUUUUUUAAAGCUUCCCAAAAAAAUAAAAAUAAAGGGGGGAGGUUUUGGGGGCGAAUAAAAUGAAGGCUGCCACUAUUUCAUUAUUUUACCUCCUCUCUCUCUCUCUCUCUGUCUUCUCCCCCCUCUUUUUUUUUAAAGCAAAACCUCUUGAAUAGGUUCUUUAUUGUAAUUGUCUCACCCCAAUUGAGCACCCCACUGCGCUGUUGUAUCUUUUUACAACCCCUAACAACUCACACCAGUAACAUAAUUACCUCCAGAUAUUUAUAACGAGAAAUUACUUUUCUAUUUUCCCCCUGCUAGGCUGGGAACCUAAAAAGAAAGCGCUGGGACCCAAUAAAUAAAUACAUGCAACACAGAACAUCAAGAACUGCAGAACUUCUUUUGUUGUUGCAUUAUUCCUCGUCUUAUUCCUCAAAAGGCAGGUUUAAAAACAAAAACAACCCAAGGCAGGGCUUGGGGCUGGCCAGGCUGCGUGGGUCAAGGCGGGCCCUACAGAAGGGAGGAGGAAGGCCGCUGUGCGCCCCCCCUCCCACCCGCUCCUUUGUAAGUUGGAGGGUUGUUGGGAACGCGGAGUUGGGAGGCUGCGCCGCGGCCCGUUCCGGAGGAGGCUGCCUGGCUGGGGUCUUGCGCUCGGCGUUUGGGUAGGGGAGUAAAAUGGAGGCCAUUGUUCGCCUUCUGGAGGCUUUGUAUUCCCAGCCCUCACCCCCUCCUGGCCUUACUUUUUAAAGCACUGAGGCGAGGUAGACAGCGUGUGUCACAGUACAGUGAAAAAGGGGAAGAUCUAAAGACCAAAAAAGAAGUUAAUCACAAUAAGUGGAUUUCUCUCUCUCCCCCACCACCACCUCCCCACUUCUCUCUCCCUCUUCGGGUUUUGUUUUUUCAGGAUGGUUAGUAGUGCCCCGAAAAGAAUCACCAGAGUGAAGUAGCUCCCAAACAUGUGUGGUUUAAAAAGAGAAAGAAGUGCCCCAGCACAUCCACCCACGCCCCAUGCAAGAGAGCAGGAUUUGCCCCUAAGCAACCUGGAGAGGUUGCAGCGGGGGUAGGGGGACCCAGGGAGAGAAAGUGCCAACAAACUCUGCUGGCCACCUCUUUUCAGAGAAAGGGUCCUUUGGCCCCAAAGUGCAGCGCGAGGACGUCGCGCCGGCUCCCUUCAGCCAAACCAAGCCCAACCAAAGUCGAGGUCCUGUUUGUAAAUACGGACACAAAAGGUGUCACAGAUCAGAACUCUUUCCUAUGGGCAGGAGGCGCUCCAGUAAGGCGUGCUGGAAAAAACUUGGGCAUAUUUUCUCUCCCUCUCCUUCUCUCUCUCUCUGUGUGUGUUGCUGAAUCUUUUGAAUUGCCUUUCUCUUCCCACCCCCACCUCCAAAUGCGAGGCGGCUAUGACUGGGGUGGGUGGCGGGGAGGAGGUUAGGGAACGCAAAUUUAAAAGUGCUUAAUAUACUUUUAAUAUACUUUCCCCCCUCAUCCUAGCGGGAAGACUUUAACAAGCGCUACGCAGAUGUGUGAGUCGUUAAAUUGCCAGAGAGGAGAGUCCGCUCAUAAAUCAGGCAAGUUGGAAGCACCUUCUACUUUCCCCGUCCCCGUCCCCCCCAUCACUAGAAAACUUCUCGCACUCCGACCCAAUUUCCUUGGUGCAUCACGAGCCCUCACUUGCCACAGCCAGUUUGCCGAGGAGAAGGCCACGGCUGGUUUCUGUUUAUUUAUUUAUUUUAAAAAAGAACUAGACUUGCUAGGUUGAAACGUUUCCAGGUUUGUUGUUACAUAGGCUCUGGGGCUGGGAGGGUUUUCGCAUGAUAUAUAAAAAUAUAUAUAAAAUAUUUGACAUCAUUUGGGAGGCCAGCAGAAAGCAACGAGGCCUUGGAGACCUGGGCACUCAGUGCAGCGCAACUACCUGCCCGCGAGCUUCCCUCCCCUGAUUAAAGCCUGUUUUAUUACUCAUAGAAUCUUAUCCGCGAGCCACGUGGGAUCUUGCUCCAUCAAUCCACCAUGCAGAACAGUAAGUGACUCUCCCUCUUAUUUCACGACUCUGCCGGCUUGAGGAUGUCGAUGUAUUAUUGGGGUGGGUAGUGUUUGUGUGUGCUGGGCGGGGGUGGGGUGGGGGUAGAGAGGCGGGGGAAGGUAUAGAAUUUCACAUUUUCAAAAUACUAAUCAUAGCAGAAGUGGCUCCUUCUGGAAAAGGGGGGUUGUGAAGCUUAGGAGAGUUAUAACACCCGGCGCUUGGUGGCUGCCAUUUGAGUCCUUCGCCUAAGAGAGAUGCAGCUGGUAGUUCUUGCAACAGGAGACGGUGCAGCGACGCGCUCCUUUUCCCGAAUGGAGAUUUCCGAGGCCGUGAGCCGAAGCACCCUUACUUGGGGAGGGGAUGUAAGUGCCCUUCUCGUUUCCAUGGGACUUACUUCCAAGUAACUGUGCUUGGGAAGAUGGAGGCGUGAGCGAGCUGCUUUGUGGAUGGCGCGUCUGGAGCGAUUGGCCACCCAUUGAGUGUGGAAUUGACCACUCCAGAAUCCCACUGCUCAUGGAUCGGAUCUGCAGUCACUGGAGUAAAUCAGCUCUUUGUGAGUGGGGAUUUUUUUUUGGGGGGGGGGGAGGGUGUCGAUGUAAGGAAAGUCCUCUGAAUGGGAAGGGAAGACCUGAUGGGAUCAUUUUCUUUGGUCUUCUGUUGGUUGGACUCUCCUCACAAAAUCUCGCGGUGAUGGAGUCUCGAUGACCUAAAUGUCUGGCGCAAAGUACUCGCGCAGGGAAGCUUGUGUAGAUUUGAAAAUUCUUGGGGCGAAAAAGGUAGAUGGAUUUAAAUAGAUUUGUAACCCAGGAGGAGAGAGGUGACAAUAAGGGGGCAGUUUGUUGUGGUGCAGUUGAAAUAAAUCUGAGUGGCCGCGGGAAAGUCCGCCGAGAAUGCAACUCGAUUUAAUGCUCCCGUGAGAAAGCGCAACUUUUCUGGAAGCCAGUCUCAUUAAAAAUCGAUCUGAUUUGUGCAAGUGUGUUUAGGAUUGCGGCGAUGGGUGCUUAUAGAUCCAUCCUGUUAGAUUUGUAGAGGCUGGCAAAGCGGAAAGGUUGGGAGAGCCCCCCAAUAGCUUCACAGUUUGGAUGUGUUGACAUAAUAAACUCCAGCGCCGUCCAGGAGGCAGGGCAAGCGAGGGUCACCGAACCCGGAUUCAGAGGACAGUCGCGUCUGUCUGUGGUUGUUUCAUUGCAAUCAGUUCCAACAUGUUUCGAAGCCAAGGAGACCUCGAACUGGAAUUAACUGCCUCGAUCGGAUUUUUAUAAAAUUAAAUAAACCAGAACUUCCCUUGAUUGCACACAAUCAAUCGUCCGCCAAGCAAGUUGCAAGUGUGCAAUAAGUUCCCACGUCACUAACCGUGUUGUGUGUUCUUCUGGCUGGAGGAAUGUGGGGAUUUGCAAAAAAAAGGGCGAAUGUCAAAGCGAUCGAGACUGAAGGCCUUGGCUGAGAAAAUGUUGGUCACUUGUGGUGGUCUGGGGCCGGGGGGUUGGGAUGGGAAGCGAAACCUGGAGCUGAACCCACCAGACUUAAUGAAAACUCAGGAAGAUGAGAGAUUUUGUCCCUUUCAAUCGUCUUCCAGACCAGCUUGGCAGCAGCUGCUUAACAGCUUCCUGAUAAAGCUGUGCGCUUGGAUGUCAAAAUAAUAGAAGGGAAACCCUUUGCUUCCUGUAGGAUUGCCUUCCGAGAGGACUUGGUUUGGCCAGGCUGCGUGUGAGGGACGCCCUACAUAGGCCUGUCUUGCUAUCCUCUCCCCGCUCCCGAGAGGGAAUCCCCAAUGACAGCGGCUUCUCACAAAGCGCCCUUAUUUGGACGUAGAUUCCUCUAGAAGCCAAGGGACCGGGCGCAAUCCCGCCACACCACCAGCCCUCUUUGUGUUUGGGGGAGCCGGAUGGUACCCACAGUGGAUCAGCCCACUGGGAUAAGGUGUCAGUUGCGUAGAACUCGCAAACAAAGCAGUCCUUCUCAGAGGGCCUUGUCUGGAUUUCCAAGCGAAGUCUGGCAAGGUUGCGGCAGUUUGACCCGCACUCUGGACCGGCAGCUCCGCUGAUUUUCAGCGUGUUGGUGGAAAGGAAAUCUGUGACACUUCCUAAUAAAUAUAUUUAGGGCGCUGGCCGAGCAGAUCAGCCGCCUUCCCGCGGACUUUGAUUGGGAAAUUAAGUCCCGUCGACUUUCCUGGGUGUAGGGAGGUCGGAUGGGCUAAGGGAUAAUCCAGAAGGGAUGCACUUUUAAGUUCUCAGGAGUCCACCAGAGAGUUGCAGCACCUGCUUAAAUCUCUCCUGCUGGGGCCAAGGGAGACUUAAAAGUACAUAGCUUUGGAUGGAUGGAACGGGGCCUGGUUGCCCAGAAAAUUCCCUUCCGUGAGAUAAUGUUGAGCUCGUUAGCGAGUUGCUGUCAUGUUUAAAGAUGCUGCCUUUGAAGUCAAAAGCCGGCCAAGUAUUUCUUCCUAAAGCGAAGGUACUUCAGAGUUUAGUUGACUCGGCCUGGGCAUUUAUUCUGGCCUUUCGCGCAGGAUCUGGGAUUAUCAGGGUUUCUUUAGCUGCCACUCUCUUUACUUGGGAGUUGGCCCCAUUGAACUCUGGCAGGACUUUCUUCCGAGUAAGCGGGACCCUUCUUCGUCUCCCUUUGGCCGCCAGUCGCGUUGAAAUCCUUGGCGGGGAUACCCUAGCCAAAGGCGGUUCGCUGUGGAGCUGCUGGCGUCGGCUUUCCGAGGCCCCACUCGAUUUCCUCCAAAGAAGGGCUUGGGGGUCCUUGCAGGAAGGUCUCAGCUCCUGGACUGUGGGAGAAGGGCGUGGGGUGGACGCAUUUCUAAGCAUACAAACCGGAUUGUGGGUUUCGAGUGCGCCUUUAAAUUGCCCUGUGUGGGGGGAUUCUUUCGGGCGAUUCCCCGUGGCGGACAGUGGCAGCGUGAUGAUAAACUUUUCCGGCCGGGAAGGCCUGUAUUUAUUCUGUUGCUUCCUUCGCCUGGGAUCUCUCUUAAACCGACGGCUUCCUAAGCCUUGGCGCUGAUCAGAAAGAGACGCGGUCAGGGUGGAGCAGGGAGAAAGGCAUGGAGGCCGAGCCCUCCUCUCUCCUAGCCUGGGCCCUUGGCCUUGAGGCACAGCUCAUCCCAAAGUGUUCCUCGGAGGGCCAGAAGAUGCCUCGAUGCCGGCCCUUGGCGCUCGCUUUUUCCUCCCCCUCCCCUUCAGCCUGUGCAGGAGUGAAGCGAGGAGAUCCCGUCCGGGUGAAGCCCGGGUUUUGCGCAAAGGUCGCCGCCGGCUCUGCAGGCUUUGUGCGAACAACUCCUGGGUGUAUGUGGUGCCGGGGCUCCAAAUUGACACCAUAUGCUUUCCUAUUACAAGCCUAGCCCCAGAAAGGCGAGGCGCUUAAUCGUUGCCACUGGGCUCGAGCUGCCUCCCCUCUCCAGGGAAAUUAAGGCAUUGAUUAAGGCUUAACCUUUUUACGCGCAACUUGGGAGUUUGGCAUUCCUCGUUGGGCCGCGCGCAGAGAUACAUUUCUGGCGGGGCUGCGGGCAAAGGGCCUCUUGUCCACAGCCCCAUGCGUGUGUGGGAGUGAAAGAGGGAGAGGGAGAUCUUGCUCCGUGGAUCCCCAGGCCCCAAGGAAACAUCACAGCCACGGGAUUGGGAGUCCCAUUGGUUUCCGUGAGAGAGAAUGAAGCACGUGCUCAUCUCUCUGAAACACCCCCCCGCCCCACCACCCCUCUGAGAAACAAUGGGUCUCUGAUAAGGGCUUGCCGAGGCUGGAUCGGGUCCCUGAGAGACUGGAGAGGAGAGCAACCCAGAUUCCACAACAAUCCAGGGCAAUGGAGAGGGAGGGUGAAGGUAAGGGGAAGAAACAGGGAGUUGGGUGGGGUGGGGAAGGGGAAUGUGUCCAGAACCACCUAACCUAGGAGUGGUGAUUGGGAGGAUUAAAAGGGGGGCAUUUGACGCCCCACCUCCCCGACCCGGGGAUGGAAGCUCCCUCCCCUUCUUCACAUAGUUGGGGGGUGGGGAGAGAGAUGAGCAGGUCCAUCCGAGAGGCAGAGAGAGAAAAAGAGGCUCUGUGCCUUGUGCCCCCCCCCUAUAUUUCUUAAACCGCACACGUUGGUCGGUUCUCUAGUGGCUUUUACGCUCCUGCCUCUCUCUCUCUUUCCCCCCGCACCCCUCCCCUCCUCCUUCACCCUCCCUUCCCUCCAUCGCUCUCCAAACCGCAUGUCACUUCGGAUCUAUCGAGGAGGCAGCGCGCCCCCUCGGUUGUGUCCGCACUGGCCCCGUGGCUACCUUAAAAAGUCGCUUCCCCUCGAAGGGGAAACGAGUAGAGUUCAAUCUCGUCGGAGUGAUACCCAAAUCCGGACAGAAAGGGUCGUUUUUAUCAUGCUCCUGUUUGUCGUGACGAUGCAAUUUUCAAAAGCGGAGCACUGUCAUAAAGUGACACGUCUGCCACAAGUGCUCCAACUGAUCUUUUCAAUUAGCCUUCCAUGCAUGAUCCGGGGCGACUUCCGCCUAUUUCCAGAAAUUAAGCUCAAACUUGACGUGCAGCUAGUUUUAUUUUAAAGACAAAUGUCAGAGAGACUCAUCAUAUUUUCCCCCUCUUCUAUAUUUGGAGCUUAUUUAUUGCUAAGAAGCCGAGGCUCCUGGAGUCAAUUUAGCAGGAGGCUCCAAAGAGAGGAGGAGAGCAGAACAGAGAGAGACACACAGAGAGGGAGAGAGAGAGCGAGCCCAGACCUUCUCCAGGGAGCCUUUUGCCUCCAAAGCCUCAAGCUGCAGGUUGGGGAAUUAUUUUCGAACCAUUUUUUUUUUUUAAAGAAAUCCAUUCGCGUUGCUUUUGGCCAAGUGAGCUGUAGCUAGGAGGAUGCUUAGGGACUGUCGCAAAGCUCAGAACAGACCACUCCGAUUUAUUUUCCUUUUAAAAUAAUAGCAACAAUUCCCUUUUCCCUCGCCUUCUUUUCCAGACGAGGAAUUUGGGGUGUGGGGAUCUUGGUGGCAUUUAGGGGGCUAAGAGAGAUGGAGGGCAGGAGGCGCCUGUUUUUGGCUUAGCCAGUUUCUGAUCCAGGCAGGUUUUGUGCUUUUUGUGGUGGGGCGGGCGGGCGAGGUGGACUUUCUGUGGAUGGGCUCCAGGCUGCGUUGGGUCCACGCGCUGCUGGGUCUCGAAAGGCAUCUUCCACCUCCCGCCGCCCCAUGGAAGAGAGAGGGGACGGUUUUUCCUUCACCCCACCCCCAGCCACCCCCUUUCCCCCACAGUCGGCUGUGUGCCCUUCACUCGCCGGCUGGUGCCAAGGCUGCUGAAAGGAUGUCUCUGAGUGAAAGUGUGUAACCAAAUGUUGCUCUUCUGGGCUUGAGAGGCAGAGCUGGGACCGUGAAUGGAGCCUUAGAGAGGAGUCAGCGUCGAGCUUAGAAGGGGGGAUGGCGGAGGAUGGGGGGGGGAGGAAGGGAAGGAGACCAGUUCAAAGGGGAGAAAGUCUUUGUGGUGGUGGAAUUUUCCUUUGAUGAUCAUAUGUAUAUCUACAUCUAUCUAUCUAUCUAUCUAUCUAUCUAUCUAUGAAUGAAUGACUUUCCUGUAUAGAACGUGCUUUGCAACUGGUAAAAUAGAUGGUUGUUGGAGUAACGGUGGCGACUUGGCUGCAGUGAUUUUGCCUAGGGAGGUGUGUGCAUCUUUUGUGUGUGUGUUUACAGUCUUCAUACCUGAGAUCCACAGCCAUAGGUCUGGCUCGCCUGCGCCCGCGCUAAGUGGGGCUUUUCUCUUUGCCAACUCCAAAGCAGAACCAGAAAAGCGCCUGAUUUGGGUUGUUUGGUUGUUGAUCUCGCUGUUCCCCACCGACCCCCCCCAUCCCGACUCCUUUCCCCUCUCCCCCCCCCCCACUCUCUGUCUCAGCAGCAGCAGCAACCUGACCGGGGAGGAGGGAGCUGGGGCGCCCCAGGUCGUCCUUCUCCAGCUCAGGUAGCCGAGGCUUCCAUUGUCCUUGUUUUCCUCCCCCCACCACGCAGGUCACAGCGGCGUCAACCAGCUCGGCGGCGUGUUUGUCAACGGUCGGCCGCUGCCAGAUUCAACCCGACAGAAAAUCGUGGAACUCGCCCACAGCGGGGCUCGGCCGUGUGACAUCUCCCGAAUCCUGCAGGUGAAAAUGCGCCUCGCCUUCCCAGCUCCAGCAACCCUACGCCAGCCUGGCUUGGGGAAGGAAGGAACAAACCAAAGCAAAACAAAACAAAAAACCGGACACAGCCUAUCCUGGGGGUGGGUGGGUGGGUGGGUGAGUGGGUGAGGGAAGGGUAUUAUUCUGUAGCUGCAACCUUCCCUCUCCAGCCUAUUUGGGUCGGGGGGAGGGGCAGAGAGAAGGAUUCUUAAAAAAAUUAAAUCGCCAUCAAUCUGCUUCUCAAAGCCACGGGGAUAGAGCUAUCUAUUUUUUCCUUAAGUCAAUGGCUGCUUGACAACCUGAUAUGCCUUAUUUCCAUAUGUACGCCUGUAUUCUAUUGGCGAAUAUUAGUUGGCUGGAGUGACCUGACCGAUGCAAUGCGCCCGAUCCUAAGGACGCUUCUUUGGAAGGCAGAGCCCACCGAUUGGUUAAGGGACUUCUUUCCAAGCAAGCGUGUGCAGGUCAGGGGGGUGUUAAACUGUCCGCUUCCCCCUCCAUGUAACUGAAAGUUUCUGCAUGCAAAUUUAUGUAUGUAUGUAUGUAUAUCUAUAUAUAUGUAUAUGUGAAUAAGCAAUAAGCAACGCUGGUUUCUUUUGAAAUUGCUGCCUGUUUAUUCCCUAGAAGCUCAUGAGAAAACGAUUUGGCCGGGGAUUUGGCUUAGGGAUACAGUAUCAUUCCCGUAUUAUAAUCCACCCACACCUUCCCAAUCCUUCCCUCUUCCCGAAAUCUGAGUAUUUUGGAAACUGAGCUGAUGAUGUCUAUAUUAACAUUUAUUCCAAUAUCUGACAUUUUUCUCCAGUUUUUAUUCCCCUCCCCCCUUCAAAGUGGGUUUUAAAUAAAAAAAUUAAAAAAUCUCACCUUUGUAGCGUGUAGGGCCACAAAUGUAAUAUUUUUUAAAAGAAAAAGAAAGAAAAAGAAAAGAAAAACCUCUCUAAGUAAGUUCUCAUACCAUUUAAGGUAUAUUUUUGUGUUAUAGACCCAUGCAGAUGCAAAAGUCCAAGUGCUGGACAAUCAAAACGUAAGCUUGUCAUUGUUUAAUGCAUACUUAAACAAUUUUAUUUUUGUCUUGAAAUUAUUAAUAAUGUGAUUUUCUGUCCGCUUCCCUGAUGCAGGUGUCGAAUGGCUGUGUGAGUAAAAUUCUGGGGAGGUAUUACGAAACUGGCUCCAUCCGACCGCGGGCAAUCGGAGGUAGCAAACCGAGAGUAGCGACUCCAGAAGUUGUAAGCAAAAUAGCACAGUAUAAACGGGAGUGCCCCUCCAUCUUUGCUUGGGAGAUCCGAGACAGAUUACUAUCGGAGGGGGUCUGUACCAACGAUAAUAUACCCAGCGUAAGUUCAUCAAUAAAUCCUUUCUCUCUCUCUGACCUAGAACAAUAGCAGGAGACCUGUCGCUAACUCCCCCUUCUCUUUGAUCUUCUAGCACGAAGGAGCCCCUCCCCCCGCAAUUUCUCCCUCCCCCGCCCUUGGGUAAGGGCAACAUUUGGCACAAAUAACUUAUGGGUGCCCUUAAAAAAUGCUCAGGACUCAUCCUUGGCUUUUGAGCUAACAGGGCUCCGAAAACCAAGGUGGCUUUGGGAGGCUAAAUACCCCGCCCCAGGGUGGUGGGACCAACUGGGAACUCUCCUCGAGCGAAUUAUGAAUGUGCAAAGCAAUGCAGGGGGGGGGGAGGAUUUAUUUCUAGGUUGAAAAACACAGGGCAUUUCUGCCCGGGUUGUGCGUUUUCCAUAAGGUGCAGUUCUCCCGACGAAGGAACUCUGCUGAGCACAACCUGCUUAAGUCCCUAAAUAGUUUUCAGACGACUGCUGCUCUAAACGCGUUGGCUGGCGAGAGAACCCCGCGUAUUGCAGGGGACACGUCCUGGCUUUCAAGGGCGACCGCAGCCCUCUCAUCUCCCGCCUCGCUUGCCCUGCUGAACACGCGAGCCGGCUGCCAUUCUCACAGCCCAUUUGCUACAGAGUAGUCCUGCUGCAGUCAGCGGGGCUGCGCUGGAGCAAAAGGGUCGCGAUGGUUUCGAUCGGUGGCCUGUUUGGAAGCGACUCCCAUUGAAAUCGGUGGGAAUGGUUUCUUUGUAAAUAAAUUUGGGGGGUGGGUUUUCUUUUUUUAAAGUCCUCUUACGCACACACAAUCCACACACACACACGUCCUCUGGGACUGACAGCAACGUCCCAGUGGUUCUAGAGAACUGUGGUCAGCGGGUGGGGGAGGGGGGGUUGCUCCUGCUGUUGUCGCCGCUUUGUUUCCAAAGCGGCUCCUCUCCUUGCUACCAUCGCGUUGAAUGUCGCUUCCUUUUCAGGUAUCUUCGAUCAACAGAGUCCUCCGCAACCUGGCUAGCGAAAAGCAACAGAUGGGGGCAGAUGGAAUGUAUGACAAGCUAAGGAUGCUGAACGGGCAGACCGGGACGUGGGGCACGAGGCCGGGGUGGUACCCGGGGACCUCCGUGCCAGGACAGCCAACGCAAGGUAAGCAGAAGAGAGAGAAAGAGCAAGCCUCCUCCUCCUCCUCUUCUCCCUCCUCUCCCUCCCCCCACCCCACCCUGAUCAAUCCGAUUUUUCUAAUGACCCAUCAAAGUCCAAAGUGGUAAAGCUCGACACGCUGGUCUGCCUCGUGGCUCCACCUCCGCGGCAAUCUCCUCCUCCUCCUACUUUAUCUCGAGAUGGUCAGCGGUGGGGUGGGAUUGGGUGGCUGGGUGUCGCGUGAAUGCUCAGGAGGGCAACAGGUCGGAGAGGCGUUUGAAAGGCAGCAGCUUUAUUUUAAACCGGAUCUUUUUGGCAGCCCCCAACCCUACCCUUUCCUUUGGACACACAUUGGAUCCAUAAACGCCCUAUAAGCACACGCGCACAUGAUUAAAAGUGGGCUUUGGUUUGCACACCAGACCAACAACUACGCCACCCCUCUCCUUAGAGUCUGAGACGCUCAAGCGCUGACGGAUUGGGAGGAAAACACCCUUGUAUCCGAUUGCGCUUUCAGGGUAAUUGACAAAUUUUGUGACUCUGUGGAGGAAACACCUAGAAAGAUGGACGAGGAAGCAAGAGAAGCUUCUGGCUUCUGGCUAGCUGGUUGGUUUCCACCUCGGCGUGUCUUGUCUUUGCUUGCAAGGGUAGUAGAGGGAAUUAGGAAGGUAGGACAAACGUAAUAGCCUUUGCGGGAAAAGCAGAGAAGUGGGUCGGCUGGAUUUUCCUCCAGGUUGCGUGCGUGCAGUCACUGAAAAGGUCACGCUCCAGAGUGGAGCUGGUUCUGGAUAGGUUUUCGGUGGCCCGCCUGCUCCCGAUCCAGGGGCGCCUUCGCUCCUCAGCUAGACGUGCUCCCACUUGGCCAAUGUGGGUCCCUGUUUACGCGGAAGAUUAAUAGGUGUUUGUUGUAGGGAAUGGCGAGAGGUUAAUGCGGAGGCUCCGGGGCGGGUUGCGCUCCUUCGCUCCUGGAGAUGCUGUAAUAAUCGCGACGGGUUUGUUUUUGUUUGCCAAGGCGGCCUCUCGGUGGGCCACGAGACCUUUCUCUGGCUCUGGUCAGUCUCUCGGGAGAGGUGUCUCCCCAACAACCUGAUUUUUUUCUUUCCAUCCCGAAAAGGAGGUUAAGAUACGAGAGAAAGAGAGAGAGAGAAAAGAAAGAAAUCAGUAACAAUAUGCGGAAUAUCUGGUACAAAGGAUGUUUCUGUCACACGCAAGAAUUUGUUAUGGGAACAAUUCUGUCGCUAUGUAAUUGCUCAUUAGAGAUCGUUUUGUUUCUCAUUAAGGCGACAUGAAUAAGCGUCUAGUUGAAGGAGACAGCUGUAGAAAUGUUCCACAGGAGACCUCUGGACACGAUAUGGCUCCGCUUGCCAAUUAGACAUGUCAGUUUUAAGAGAAGGGAGCAGUCUAGGAGGGACCCUGGAAAGACAAGAGCUUCGGGGCAUCCUAUUACCGCCCCAACUCUCAGAUCUCCCAUUGGGGAGGAAGAAUGCCGUGGGGCUGGAGGAUGACGGGGAGCCAGCCUGCUCACUGAGACCCCCACCCCACCCCCACCCGCCGGUUAGCACCUUUGACACUUCAGCCCUAACUAACCACACUUAGUUGGAAUUGAGUUCCACUGAUUUCAAUGAACCAUCCUUUUUCAGAAUGGUGCUCUGAGUGGCUGGGUAGGUGCGCCCCUCGGAGGGAUGGAAGGGUUAGGGAGACCUGAUCCGGCACCCAGGUCUUUAAGACCACAUAUUGCCGACAUCUUCCAAAGGGAGAGUGGCGCCCAUGUGGUGUAAGGAGCGAAAAACAAGCCCACGGUCAAGAAGAGCCUUGUGGUACCUUCAAAGCUGUUUGUGGUGGCAUCAGUUGCCCUGGGACUUGUUCUGAGUCACGGAGGCCAUUAGACAUAUUAGUCUUUCAAAGUGCCACCGGACUUUUAGUGACUUAUUCCAGAACUGGACAUCGGCCUCUGGGACUCUAAAGCAGCACCCAGGUCUUUCCAAUUCCUUAGAGCUGCCAAGUUCUGGAAUAAGGAGAGGGACACGUGAAGCAGAGCGAGGAAGAGAGAAGAGCGAGGAAGCUGCGCCUGAGCUUCGCUUAGGGAUGCGGACAGAGGGUAGGCAGGGGGUGGUUGUUGAACGGCGCCUAAAGCCAGCUGUUCAGCUGAUCUGAGUAACAGCGAUAUGAAGGAAUCGCCUUCCCCUUACCUGAACUGUAAGCUGCAUGCCUCUAUAGGCCGCGUUAUAUAUAACUUAGAUGGUCCCAGGCGCAAAGAUUCACUCACAGUUCCUGCAGGGCAAUGGAAGAAUUCGGAUUCCAACCGAUUCAAAUCAGUCCUGAAUAUCAGAAAGGCUAAAUCCGCCUUUCUUUUUUCUUUGUGUGUAUAACUCGGACUCUUAAAGCUAGGAGAUUCUCAACACUGGCAUCCCAGCUCCUUUUUUUGCUAUGGCGGUCCACGGUCUCGGGCACGAUCCACCUUGGAUUGAAAUUAAUAAGGAAGAGAGGCAGGGCAGCCCCAGGCUCGUCGAGGGUCUUGCAUGGGGAAUUUUCCUGGUUGUGUGUUAACUCUGCAGUUAAACCCCACGACGUCUAAGCUCAGGCUGACAGUGCCACGAUCCUGAGCGCAUUUGCCCGGAAGAAGAUCCAAAAUGAUUUACAAAGUCCCAAGUCAGGGUCUAGCUAGCUGCAAAACUCCGUAUUCUAGCUGGGAAACACGUUGAACUGCAAUCCACAGGAUUUCUGCGGAUACGGUUUUAAGAUUGCUGAUGUAAGGAUCCGGCCCUCAGGCUAGGGCCCUAAACAGCCCGAUGCUAAGAAUGGCUCCAAUGGAACUUGCAUCCCAACCUUUAGUCAACCCCGCUAAAGCAACCUAACACUGGCUUCUCUGACUUCCUAUGUUCUAGAAUAGCAACCUUAACCCUUCUAAGAUGGAUGGGACUUGCUGUCGGGAUCAGGAUGAGCACAUUGGCGCAGAUUAGCUCGCCCUGACUCGCAACCUACAAGUCGCAACCCCAAAUAAGAGGAUUAUUUAAAUAGAUCAUACGUAUAGCCUACAGAUUGUGGAAGUAUGUGAGAGAAAGAGAGACAAUGAGAGAGAUCAUUGGCAAUUAAUAGGAUUCCAGAUACUUCAGAUCUCAUCAGAGAGGGAAGAAGAGAGCCUGCUCACAAGAAGCUGGGAAAUUUGGCUUUAUUUGAAUGUUAUAUCGGAUAUUAUACCAAAGCGGAACAUUGUCAUAAACCAGAGUGUAGGAACAUAUGCAGCCCCUCCAAGGGUAAACGGGGGCGGGAGGGGGAGUCAAGAAACUCUCUCUCUGGGUGUCGGAAGGUCCAGUUUUGAUAUCUCACCCUCAAUUUGUUGGGCUCAAUAUUUCUUCCUCCACACUCACCCACCCCGGUUGGUGCGUGCGUGUUUGCAGUGAGAUAACAGGUUGCUUGAAGUCCGUUGCUGUAAUAUCUGAACCGAGGGUACAUUUCAUCGCCAUGCGCGUAUUUAGUUAUUUUAAAAUUGGAAUUCUCUCCCUUCCCAGAUGAUGAUGUUGUUGUUGUUGUUGUAUUGAAAGGAAGUAAGAUCUGUCGCAGAAAUCAUUGGGAAUCGGGCAUGAAGCCCUUUCGGAAAAGAAGCGAUGUCUUAUUCCUCUGUAGUUUCCUGAAACAGCAGCCCCCAUCCUCAUCCUUUAAAAUUUAAAUUUUAAACCGAAGCACACACCUUCCCCCGCACAAAAACUGAGGAGAUCCUUGGGGUUAAAGAUUAACCGGUGCGGGACAGGGCGUGGGUUUGCUCUCUAAAUUCCCUAGGCAGGAGCGCUGGAUCUCAGAAUUUUGUUUUCGGUUUUUGUGCUGGAUUUCAGGCAGUAUUUGGCUAGGGCCCGUGGAGGGAGACGAGGGGCAGGAUUCAGCCCUUGUAAAUCCCACCGGUUUUAAUGGGAGCGCGCGGAUCAAUCCAUCCCAUUUACACCACUGAGAUCUGCUGGUAAGAGGUUUACUCAGAAGAAAAGCCCCGUUUUGGACAAUGAGUCCAGCUCCCCAUUAAACGCCCAUGGGACUACAAUCUUAAAAGUGCUUAACUGUGGCUGGAUCGUUUUCCCCAGAGUGUAUUCAGCUGCUCUCCCUAAAGCACAUUUACGUGGAAGUAAGGCCCACUGGUCUUCUUCUUCUUCUUCUUCUUCUUCUUCUUCUUCUUCUUCUUCUUCUUCUUCUUCUUCUUCUUCCAGUCAACGUGUAUAGGAUCUGGGUGCCAGGGUUUCAAAGACCCCCAUUAAUCACCAGUUGCCAUAUAGUUAAAACAAAUGAAUGGGAAUAAAGCUUGCGGAUGGGGGCCUGCUACUAUAUUCUUGGCCCUGAGUCAACCUCAAAAAAAUGUGGACGAGGAAAGCGGGGGAGGGGGCGUAGAGGCCUUGGCUGAGGCGCUGGGGCGGGGGGGGGGGGAGAAGAGGAGAGAGAGACGCGCACUUAAAGCCUUUGCACCACUAAAUUAAAAUUAAUAAAAUGCCUCUGCCCUGGAAUAUUCAUGCGGGGGACUCGGGUGCCCCCCCCCCCUCGCCGGGCUGCCUCUGUGUUCCUGGAUUUUAAGAGUCCAUUACUCCAAAAGCAUAAGGCAAGGUUAGGUCUCAGAGGGGGACAAAUAUGGUCUCAAUCUGAUAAACGCCAUGCAGCAGUGAAUAAAAUAAUGGAUACAUGAGGGCUGACAGAACAAAAAGAGACAUCUCUAUCCGGGAGAAAUUCUCCAGUGAUUUAGCGGUUUUAGGGAUCACUGAGACACUGUUUCUUAUCUCCCCCCCCCUCCGCCUCCUCUCGCCCCUCCUUAUAAGACUAAAGCCUUCUAUAGGAUUUAGACACUUUCUCUUUCAACAGAUGCUACAAUGUUUUGAUCCCAGCUCCACAGCUGAAAGGUGCCGCAAUCGGUUUGCUAUCUUUCUUUCUUUUCCCCCUCUCUGCUAGUUUUCCGCCUCACUGAUUAAGACACUAAGAAACUAAGGAAUGAUUUUAUUUCCCAGCGUCUUUUAUCCCCCCCCCCCGUUUUUUCCCCUUUCCUGGAAAACAAAUCCUAUACCCAGCGUCAGAUGGUCUAGCUAUAGGAUAAUAGCGACAGCAUAUUCACUCGCUUUUUCUUACGGAUUAGGUCUAGAAGGUGGAACGGGCUAUUGAGUUCAUUCCUUUAUAGGCUUCUUCUUUUUUCCCCAAGUCUCAUUUUAAAAGAAAGAAAGAUAUCUUAAUUGUCUGGCAUUUCUUUCCCCUUAAAAACAAACACACACGCACACAUAUAUCUGUCUUUCCAAAGCAAAACUUAAAAUAGUUUAAACCGACACCGUUUUGAGGGGCGGGGGGAGAAAAGGGCCUUAAAACAGCAGAAUGAAGACAAGCGAAAAAGUUGUCAUAAGUGCUCCUUAAAGAAAACGAAGAGCUCUUGAUUUCGGGUGCAACCGUCAUUCUGUUGAAGUCAAUGGGGACCCUCCCAUUGAUAUCCAUGGGGCUUUGCGGGUCAUUAGAAGCGAAGGUUGACUGGAGAAUGGAUGAGGAGCGGGUUGAGGUUGCUUCCUUUUUUUGUUUUUAAACCCCCCUUAACCUGGAAAAAAAGAAAAAAGAAAACAAAUCCUGCUUUGGGGCCAUUUUCGCCUUGCAGAAGGAGAGAAUUAUCCCUGCUUUUCGUGGAUUGAAUCUGGUUCCUUUAAUUUUAACGGCUCCUGCCAUUUCUCCAAAACUGCCUUGGCUAAGCGGUGAAGGAGGAGCUGAAAAAUAACUCCGCGCGGGCCCUUAGGAUCCCAAACCGCCUCCCCGGAGAGGUCUGGCAAGCAGCUGGGCUGGGGGAUCAAGUCGCAAGCUGCAACAGACGAAAAUUUCCUGCUCACCCGCACGGACCCAUCCGCACGCACCCUCCAAAGGCGCGCCGAAAACGGGCAGAUUUGGGCUUUUGCCCAGCGCUGGCACCACCUUCGAGGGAGGGCGCAGCAAUAAGGAAUGGAGUUGGAAAGAUCCGAAAGUGUUGCGUGCUUUUGGAGCACUCCCUUUGACCACAACUACAAAGUAGCCAAUUCCCACCCACCCAAAAUGUCCCGAUUAUACCGAAGGUUGUUCCUUCUGGGUCACUGGGACUUUGUUGUCGCUUGCAGAUUUGGUUUGGUUAUAUACACGCGCUAAGCACAAACCGUUGGAGUUUCUUUAUUUCAUUUUAACUUUCGUUCAUAUAAGAUAUCAAUGGGGCAAAACGGUUGAAACUCAAUCAUCUUUUCAGCCAGGUGGCCAGAAAUGCGAUUUGACCGCGGAACUGGUGCACCGCGAUCCUGCGAACGGCUGCUCCGAAUUAAGUGCCGCUGAGCUGUCUGUUAAAAUGAGCUCAGCGCUUCUCUUGCAUUGGACAGCCUGAUUCCAAAACUGGUUAUAAGCUGCAGCGUUUGGAUUUCAGGCCAUUUCAUCCCAUGAGUUCAGGUUGCAUCGCACGGAAGGAAUUAUCCCCGACCACGUAGGCAUUUUUGACCCUCGGCUAAAGUCCGCGCAGCAAAUGCGCCUCCUCAUUGGAUCUCGCCCGCGUAAUGCGCAGUCAUUUCAGAGCAGGGAAUUCAUCUUGGGCUGAAGUACCCGAUGCAAAUCCCGGUGAACCCAAGCACUCUCCUCCGAAGUGCUUUUAAUUACAAAUAAGCACAUUGGCUUCAGUUUUGAACGGUCCACAGUGCCCCUUCCUUUAAAUCCAGGAAAGGAUUGGGGCCCCAGUCAAUUUCACACGUGCAUCAUUGACUAAGGCGACCAGUGUUUGCCUGGGUUGCGCUCAAGUAUCUCCUCAACUACCUCAACCUGCGUGCAAGGUGUAAUGUAGGGCUCAGAGUCCAUCAGCCUUGUGAGAAAAGGCAAAAGUAAUUAGGGCUGAAGAUCUGAGUGGGCUGCCUUUCUCCAGCACGGAGGACUCCUGGAAGAGGCUCCUAGCAGUGCCCUUAACUUAAAAAGCCAGCCACCAACUCUAGCUAGUAAAUAAAAACAGGGCCCUUGUCCUGGACUCUCCUCUGCUAGUUGAAGCUUCUCUAAUCUUAGCUAAGUAGUUCUCUCCUCUAACCCCCACCUCUUUUCCCCCUUCCUGGUGUUGAGUAAACAGGCUCAGUGUAUGGAACUGGCCUAUUCACCAGUUUAGGGGUGUUCUUUCUUUCUUCCUCAGCUCCUAUAGAAAGUUUUUUAAAAAUCCUAAAUAGCAUUGAGUAGCCCAGCCCAGGGGACAGUGAUUAAUGAUAGUAGUGCCUAAAGGUUAACAUACUUCACUGAAAAGUCUGUUGACUGGGAUCCUUGUGAUACAAUGUGGGCCGCUGCACGCCUCAAGAGAAUCCUUUUGUUGGGCCUGCCUGAUUGUGUCCUCAAAAUUCUGCCCACGAAAGUUUGCCAACCCUCCUCCUUGCCCCAAGAGUUUAAUAGUUUCCCUUACUCUGCGGGCAUUGUGUCCUGGUGAAAAGCAGCCCCCUCGCUAUUCAAGUGUUGGUGGUCAUCUCAAUAGAUCUCCAAACGCCCAUAUGGUGACCACUGGAGAUGAAUCCAACUGUUUAAAUGGGGGAGAAAGUUGGGGUUUUAAAACAUUUCAAAGUGUUUGAAAAGAUCCCUACCAGAUCCUGUCACAAUUCUCUUGAGGCUUUGAAGGCUGGGCCCCAUUGUGAGCCGAUUAUAAACGAUAUUACUUUAAAGUUGAUUUCCCACAAAUAUAUAUAUAUAUUUUCCAGGCUUAGGAGAGAGAGAAAACUGCUGGUUGAUUUUUUUUUGGUAGCAUAACUUUUCUCCCUCUCUUCCUUCCUAGUCCAGAGUGUUAGAAUCAAAAGAAUCCCUUCUUCUAUUUUUCAUUUAGCAACAUCAAAACGCUUCAAAUUAUUCUCUGAAAGGAAAGGGAGAGUUAAUUUACUGACAACUUCUCCUUUGCCUCUACAGAAAUGUCCAUUCCUUUUGUAAAACACCCUUCUCCCCCCCUCCUUUCCCUUUUCCCUCAGUGUCUGCAGACACUUUGAAAGACAGCUAGACCACGAGCAUAUCUUUACCUCCAGCAGCAAUGUGAAAACAAUAAAACUUUCUCUUGUUUAAUGAUAGAAAUUACAUUAAAAGUGUUGGAAAUGCCCUAAUUAAAAAUGUACCACUUAAAUGAUAUGCCAGGCGCUCAGCUGCAGAAUAGCAUAUUUAGCUACUUAGCGAACUCGCUACUAUUUCUUUUUAAAAUUACAUGUUAAAAUUUUUAAAGAAAUCUUACUUUUCUCUGGUGCAACACAUUACAAAGAAUGGACAGUCCUUUUAUCUAAAUAUAAAAUUCCAUUUUCAGCAAUUAUAGCCUGUUCUUGGUGAUGAUAUAAUUACAGCUGUGCUCUGUAAUAGGUGUCAAGGCAAUGCACACUCAUACAAUAGUUGAAUAAAACUGCAGAACAAUGCAGGCACUUCUAAAUCCACAACCUUUAAAAUGAAAUUGACUGUGCAGAAUUCAAAUCAAAACUAGAUAAAUAUUUUUUAAAAAAGAUUACAAGCUUGGUUUGGUUUCUUAAUAGCAUUUUCUGCAAACCUAUCAACAUCUAAUUGAUUAGAUAGGAAUUACUGAUUAUAGAUAAUCUGAAAUACUGAACAUCACUAUUUUAAGUGCAGCAAUAGGUAAAUAAAUUCCAUACAGAGAGGAUCUUUUGCAGGGCAUUUUCAAAAAGUUACAACCAUCUCCACUUGAAAUAAUUUAUUGGAUUGUUGUAUUUGUAUGGGAGGGAGAAGUGAUGUCUUUUAUCAAUAGAAUUAAAAUGUAUUAUUAAUCUUUAGUUCAUACAGUGGGAAUAUGUUGUUAUUUAGAUAAACUGCAUCUUCUUUAUUUGAACAUGAUAUAUGUCCCCCAUUGUUACAUACUAAUUUGUGUUUUGUUACAUAUUCCUUUGAACUCCUCUGUAUUGCAAGUGGGAGGGGGGUGACCUUUUUUCAUCAGUCACUAUCCCACCCAAGAUUUCAAGACUGAUAAACCUUUUAAAUAAGGCAUUGUUUGUCCUUAUAUCACCAGUCCCACAGUAGUCCAUGUAUUUCAGUAUGGACCAAGGGCUUAAGCCUCACACUCUAGUCCACAAACCAUUUAGAAUAGAGUACCGGGGCUUCUGAUCCCCAAUUCCUAUUACACCAAUCUCAGUCUGAAACUCCACAAGUGUUGCCAUGCACACUCAGAGCCUGGAAGUGUAGAUUCCCCUCUGCCUUUUGUUUAGAUGCCCACUUUGUGCACCUCCUUUGGGUAUAACCGCUCCAUGCCCCACAGCAGAAGUUGGAUCAAGCUGAUUAUAUGCAAGGAAGUUUCAUGUAACUUCAGUGAGAUACAUGUACUGCAGAACUAUCAGGUGGUAGCAUGUUUUGGGUCUGGACAUACAUUGACCUCAAAUAUGUUUGGUUUAACUGAGAAACAACUUGACCAAUAAGAGGCUUCUCAUACAAUUUAUCACGAGGCCUCAUCUCACCCUCAAGUAAGCUGAUGGGUGGUUGUAACUUGGGCAAGGUUAAGAAGCUAUGUCCUUGGGGUCACGGCUGACUUUUUGUGCUAGAACAUAGCGGUCCAGCUUGGUCUUUCUCAGGAUGGCCUCCUCAUUCUGUUGCAGAUGGUUGUCCGCAACAAGAAGGAGGGGGAGAAAACACCAACUCCAUCAGUUCCAAUGGAGAAGAUUCAGACGAGGCCCAGAUGAGGCUUCAGCUGAAAAGGAAGCUGCAAAGAAAUCGGACCUCCUUCACCCAAGAACAAAUUGAAGCGCUUGAGAAAGGUACGUGGCAUGUGCCUGAGUCAAAACUAGGGAAGGGCUUCACAUCCUCUGCUCUCUUCUGGCCCAUCCUGACAAGUUCCAAAGAAAUUCUUCGAUGGACAUUGACGAGGAUCUCACAUGGUUUUCCUACCAAAGGCAUCUUUUAAAUGCUUGGAGGUGACAUGAUAAGGACAGCAUUCUAAACUGACAAUCCACCUGCUCCACAGUGCCGCAGUUGGGCAGCGCAUAUUGGCUGAGUCAUGGUGAUGAGACUUCUGACUGCAGCCAACCUCGCCCUUCUCUCAGGUUACAUUAUAUGCUUGAAGGGCAGCUUUCAGGAUACUGAGACUGCAGUUCCUGUCCUGGCAUUACCAGUUGCCCCAGAGGACAGUUGUCCUUCUGCUUCUUUUGAUGCACCUCCGAUUCCGGGCCCAGAUUUCAAACGCUUUGCUUGAAAUCCGAUUAGAUGAUCAUGUAUUAACUUACUCAUGUUCAAAUGUUAGCACAGGAAAAGGAGGCCCUCAUUUUUUAUGCAUUGGCUGCUCUAAAUACAUCCAAACACAGAGGAACUCUGGUCAAUUCCUUCUUAACAAUCUACUCCUAUAAUUGCAUAGUCUGGUAUUAAUCACAUAUUUAUCUAGCAGGGUGAGAGAAUGUAUAUGUGUGUGUGAACACUGAACAAUGACAUCUCCCUCUUCUUAAAGGAAAGGAAUAAAAAUCAUAGGAGCACUUUGGUGGAAAUAUUCCUCAUAAAAGAUUGAAAGCAUAAAGUGCACUCAAACAUAGACAGCUGAAAGCAGGAAGCGGCCGUCCUUUCUGAGAUCUGUUUUUAAAACUAACUCUGCCACGUUUCCUUUCUACCAGAAUUCGAGAGAACUCACUAUCCUGAUGUGUUUGCCAGAGAGAGACUAGCUGCCAAAAUAGACUUGCCUGAAGCAAGAAUACAGGUACUCAAGUGACUAUGUAAUGUUUUCUUUCUUCCCCUCCCCCCCCCAUCACCCUGUAAAGGGGGACACUGAUGUUUUCAGGGGGAAAUACCUAGUCUCCAACAAAGCUGUCCAUCUGCAGCCUGAUAGGAACACAUGAAGCUGUCUUAUCCUGAGUCAGCCCACUGGUCCAUCAGGCUCAGUGUUGUGUGCAUUGCAGCUCUCUGUCAGGCAGGGGCCUCUCCAAUCCCUCCCUGGAGAUGCCAGAGAUUGAACCUGGGACCGUCUGCAUUCCAAGCUAGAUGCUCUCCUACUGGGCUACAGCCCUUCCCAUGCAUGAGGACAGGAAAGCCCCAAGCAGUGCUUGUUGUUCCAUCUGGCUCUUGCCUAGAUAGCUAUAUAUGUGCAGGCGUGGGCACAAGGGAGGGGCAGCUGCCCCCCCAAUCAAUAAAAAUCAAUAAAAACACAUAGCAAACUGAGGUUCUGCCCCCCCAACAAAAGGCCUGCCCCCCUAACAAAAACCCAUGUGUGCAGGUGUGUAGUAGAUGUGCAUCCAAUCUGCCCUGUGGGAAGCCAGUCACACAUGCAGAUGACUUUGUAGAUCAGUGGUUCCCUGUUUAUUCCCCAGUCAUUUUGUUAAAUAGAUAAUAGAUAAAUAUGAAAAAAGGUUGCAGUGAGGCUCUGUCUUUAUAGAGGCUUCCCAUGAGUAGCUCUAGAGAAGUAGCUGGGUCUUCUGCUCUGAAUGAUGCGUGAUAGGACAAGGUCCUCUUUUCACAGUGCUAACAGAAAGGCUCUUGCGUUUUGCAGGUGUGGUUUUCCAACAGGAGGGCAAAAUGGAGACGGGAAGAGAAGCUAAGGAAUCAGAGAAGACAAGCCAGCAACACCCCCAGCCACAUUCCCAUCAGCAGUAGUUUUAGCACAAGUGUCUACCAACCAAUCCCGCAACCCACAACACCUGGUAAUGUGCUUUCAGAAAUGUAUUGAUCAGUCAGUCACCCAUUUGGGGCAAUAGAACAGAACGCUCUGUACAGUAAUACAGUCAUCUGAUUGAAGCGUAAACUAAUACGUCCAUCCUGUCUAUCUAUCUAUUCUAUUAUAGUUUCCUCUUUCACAUCAGGUUCAAUGCUGGGCAGAACAGACACCGCGCUAACAAACACAUACAGUGCUUUGCCACCCAUGCCUAGCUUCACAAUGGCUAACAACCUGCCUAUGCAAGUAAGUAUAAUCCACUAAUAUGCUCUCUUUCUUUCUUUCUUUCUUUCCCCCCACUUUCUUGUUCUCUCUCUGAGCUGGGCAGAGCCUUGUCCAUUCGAUGGUUGGGGUGGAAAAUGCCAAUUCCAGGCCAAAAGAGGAGGUUGUCAAAGGUCAAGGGGAUUUCUGUUUUCACACCAUUAUGAAGUCUUCAAAUUUGUGAAGUCAACAUGGAACCUCCUUGAGACUGAUUAGCCUAAUGGAGGUGCUUGAGCCACUCAUCAAGAUUUCUUCCUUGGGCUAAUUAACGUGGAGUAGCUCUCAGGGCCUGGCUUUAUGCUAGCGGUCUACAAUGCCGGCCAGAAGUUCCACUUUAUCCAUAAACAGGCCUCGGGACAUCAUUUUUGCCAAGGUUUAACUACCUUGAUUCUGACAGAGAGCUAAAGGGUAUUUUGAGAACAAUUAAUCAGAGUAAAGUGCUCUUGGGUUUGAAACCCUGGAAGGAGCAAGGCAGCAGCCUCCAAACUGGCUACUCCAAAGCAGGGGUACCAACUUGAAUAAAAUAUGGGGGGGGGGGAGAAGUAAGCCCUGCCCUGCAUAAUCGACCACAAGACUUGGUGGACAGGCACCGUUUGAAUGGCAAUGCCCAUCAACUUCCAGGGGGCCCGGCCCCCUCAAAUAUUUUAUUGGAGGGAGGGUGAAGGGACCUCGGCCCCUAGGAGUUUGCUCCUAUGCUGCAUAGUUUUCUCCUUUUUAUUUCAAUCAGGUCACUCCUGAGUAAAACAUCAAUAGUUUAAUCUGGUCCUUCUGAGCUUUCACAGGGAUGCUUAAAUUCAGUGAUUUCUUAUGUUUGCCACUCUGUUCCUUUUGUAUGGGCAAUACUAUCCUGUAGAAGCCACUGAAUUGUUGUUGUGGAUAGCAGUUGUGUGAGUUAGGUAGUUUUAGAAUAAAUUAUGGCUCGCUCGCUCUCCCCCUCCCCCACCUCUCACCUCCAUAUGGUAAUGUGCAUUAUUUCAACGUGUGGUAAGUCAGCCCUAUGGCAUUUUUGGUGGGUCCUCCUGGUCAUUUUGAUGACUGGGGCCCUGCACUUUCUCCCCAAAGCCAUACCUUGACAGCACCACUGGUGGAUAGUGUUUAGAUAUGGUUCAAAAUCCUAUUCAGCAUGAAGCUCGCAGGGUGGCCUUGGACAAAUCACUAUCCCAGGGACCUUUGUGAGAAUAAACCAAGGGAAAACUGUAAUGCUUGGGAGUGAAGGCCAGAAUAAGUAAAUAAAAAGAAUGACUAAUAAUUUUUUAGCACUGUUCCUUUGGUACUGCCAUAUGCAAUUAUUAUUAUUAUUAUUAUUUUAAAGUCCUGUAUUAGUGUGGCAUGGGGAUUUUCAAACCCAAUUUACAAUAUCUAAAGCAAUUGAACAUUGGGCAAGAUGGCAGGAAGUUGCUGGCUAAGUGGCGUUGCUCUGAGUUUCUCCAGAGUUGGGAGUCUUAGCAUUAACCCUAUCCACAGCUAACUUUUUGCUGUGUGGAAGCAAGGCUGGAACCUGCUUCUAAUUCACAACAGUAGUGUUCAAGGACAGUUUAGACACCCUCUAACGGUCGCUAACCUUGUUUAUUAACUCACUAUUAGAGUCCCCCACAUUUUUAAAAGAAGACUUGCCUUUGACUACAGCAUGAUUCUAAAUGGUGUCCAUGACCAUUGAUAUACAUUGGCUACUGAGAUAACAGGUUACUGAAUCAGAUGGGCCAUUGGUCUGAUCCAGCACACUCUUCUUAUGUUUUACUGUAGAAAAAUGUGACAGUUGUUAAUCCAGAAUAAUUUAAUUUGCAAUUGAUUAACAUUAAUUAAAAGAAUGGGACCAUACCUAAGAUCUCUUAUGAACUCAAUUUAAUAGGCUAUGAGUCAACUAAAAGGCAAAUUUGUCAAUAUUAUUGGGUAUUCCACUCCUGGUAAAUAUACAAGUUGCAUAAUACUCUGAUUUCAAAGAGGCAAAGUUCCCGGAGCAAUAGGAAAAUUAUCACCAAAGGGUGUAUUAGGAACAUCCAGGUAAUUAAUGGGAGUUUGCCCAUUGGGGUAUACAACUGACACCCUGACCUUGUAUACUUUACAAGGCACUCAAUAGACCUAAAUGCCACCUAAAGGAUACAGUCUUGUGCAGAAUGAAACAUGCAUGAAAUCUAUAUUGAAUCAUGGUGGUUGGUCCUGAUCCAGUUAGAGUUGAUUGUGCUUAAGCCCCAUGGCAUUUCAGUCAGUUGUGAUUAAUUGUCUCACUGAUUUCAAUCUGUUUGAGAGUUCUUGACAGGCGGCUGAUGCAUUGUGUAUAAAUGUUGUGGAUCUCUUUGAAUAUGCAUGCUAUAUCGUAAGAAAAUGUUAUACAUUGCUUGAGUGAUUUCCAUAGAACAAAAGUGCAGCAAACAUUUUCCGAAUGAAGGCUAAUAUGUUUAGACUCGGGGUCUAUGACUAGUUUUUCUAGUAGGGCACAUGCGAUUUCAACUGAAUCAGGGCUUCUAAAGUGUCUGAUUUGUUCAAGAAAGGCACUCUGAUCCAGCAGAUAUUUUUGUGAAUGGAAGGCGUGGCAUUGUGAUAUCCCCCUUUUCUCUGAUUUCCCCUAAAAUGGUUGAGUACCCUCAUGGAAGAUAGUGCUGGCGACUGCGGGAGAAAAGGGGAAUUUGCAAAAAACAUCUUCCCCCUUCUUUCCAUUCAUGGAAACCUCCACUGGAUGAAAGAGCCUUCCAUGAAUAGGAGGGCAGCAUACAACCCAUUGAUCUAAAAGUUGUAGAAUGAGCCAACAUAAAAGGACUGUUGCAAUGGAACAUGAUAGUUAGGUACACAAUAACUGGGAAGAGCUUUCCAAACCUGGAAUGUGAUCAUCUGGACUGGAAAAGAGAAAUAAAGGACUUGAUAAAAUUGUGAAAAAUAUGUGUAGUGAGUUAAUUGGCGCUCAUGGAUUUGAAUUCAUAAAGCAAAAGUUUCAGAAUCUGUUUAAGAAAAAAAAUGUACCCAACCAGAGAAACUCAUUAGUAUAGCAUUGGUGAGGAGAAAAGGCUUAUUAAAAUGCUAGCAGGAUUACACCUUGGCUGAUGAGACACUGUGGCUAUUGGCACCCUAGAAAUACCCAAGGGGGAGAGGAGGAUGUGAACAGCACCUGCAGUUCUAAAUAGCUGUGUUAAAGUGAACAGAGCUGCCAAACCUCAUGCUUGUAAGCAGGUGGAUAACUAGCUGGCUGAGUGGGGGGGGGGAAUACAAUGCUAGGGUCCCCAAUCAUUAUUGUGCACAUGCGAUGGAGCUCAUAGGAAGAUACAGAAGCUAUAGGUUUUCCAUGGCUUUUCAUGAAGCAUUGACUGGUACAGCUAUUUCAGGCUGGAACUUGGGGAAAUCAGAUCAUAGUAGAAUUGGCCAUAAUGGAAUAGGUUGCUAUGUUCUUUAUGACCCCCACCUCCACAAUCAAUCAAAUACAAAUACAUUUGCAGUAAAUACAGUAUGUCUGUAUGGCAUGCCUCUUGAAUUUAGAACUGAAGCUAGUAUAUUAAUGCAUAGUCAUGAGUAAAUGUUGGGAAGGGCUUUAUGUUGGUUAUUUACUUGGCAUGUGCAUCUGAAUUUGUAUUUUGGACCAGAGUUGCAUUUUGGGUUGGGAACGCUUUGUUAAUUGAACCCAGGAUUAUUGGGAGCGGGAAUCUGAGCAUGCCUGAUAAGAGUUCUAAAAUAAUCCAAAGAUAAUACAUGAAAGAUAAAUUCUGGAUAAAAGAUAAAUACAGAAUGUUUCAAAAUACAGUCCUUUAAGAACCUGACAGUCGUUGUGGAAGCAAAACAAUAUUCCUAAAAUAAAGGCAAUUGUUAUUUCUGUUUUAUGUGGAUUGCUGAGGAAGAAGCAGCACUUUUACACAGAUAGCCAGAGUGCAACUGUAACCUAAUAUCCACAAAAAUGUAACAGCAGUACUUUCAAAGGAAAGACAGAGAGUUAAGAGAGAUUAGAAAGUAAAAUAUCCAAAUCACAGGGAAUAUUGUAAUGGGAAUUAGAAACCUAAUUACUUUUAGCAGCCCCCCCCCAAAAAAACACAACUCAGUCCAAAUGACAAUCAGUUUGGGGAUAAAUACAGGUAUAAAUUAGUGGAUUGUAUAUUAUUAAGGUUACCAAUGGGCCUGUUGUAUUAUAUCUGCUGCUUUCUAUAUCAAUGCUGUUCUGAAUAAAUAUAGGUAAACAACUAGAAAACCAGGCCAAUCCAUAACCUGACUAUGAUAAAAUAUUUAGAUUUAAGCUGCUAUUCCUCAUGGGUUUAAACUGGUUGUCACCUUGAAGUCUAACAUAUUCACUGAUCCAGAAAUUGGACUGGGAUGUAAGACUUAAACCAUUACAUUGCCAAACACUGAGAGUGAUAUCAGUUCUUAAAAGCAAUAUUUGUCUUCAGUGAUGUGGCUUUCAUGCACAACCUAAUUUCUAUUCUGCACCAGUGAUUCCCAAAUGGUAGACCAACUUGUGGGAAGCUUGUGCACAAGACCCAGAGAGAAAAUGUUUUUGUUUUGGUGUUCACUGUAAGGCUUAUAGAUUGGUAAGCUGAUCUGAUUUCCUGCUACAAACAAGAAGAUAGAUGAUUCCUUCUGAAUUUGAGAAAAUCAUUAGGAUUGGCACUUCUGAGAGAUACUCUUAACAUGCAUUCCAAUAUAAACAAAAACAUAGCCCAAUUCACAGUUAAUGCUUCUGAGCAAGGAUGCUCCACUCUCCACUCCCCAACCCAGUGACAGAUCUGAAAGUGCUCAAAUCUGGGGAAGUGAAGUGCUCAAAGAAAGUAGCCCCUAUUUGAAUAUAAUAAGUAAGACUUAAAGUGGAAGGACCUGUUCUCUGCAUGCCAUGGAAUGUAGAUGGGGAAUCAUUUGCCCUCUUUUGGGGGUGGGAACCGUGAAGACUGAGCACUCUGUGGAACAAGGCACUAAAUAUGAAUGUUUUACUUCUUUGUGUGUAGAGUCUAUCUACUGUCCCUAAAAGGAAACAAUGGCUAUAUGAUGCUGCUGAAAUUCACAAGCCUUGCUUUGUUCUUUCAGCCCCCGGUACCCAGCCAGACUUCCUCUUACUCUUGCAUGCUGCCCACAAGUCCGUCAGUAAAUGGGAGGAGUUAUGAUACAUAUACCCCUCCUCACAUGCAGACACAUAUGAACAGCCAGCCAAUGGGCGCCUCUGGCGCAACUUCAACAGGUAAGCACUCCUUUGUUUCUUUGUCAAAAGGAAUUUAAAGGAGUUGUUUCUCCUGCCAGUCUGAUCUCAACAAUUUAUUCAGAAAGUUAUUGCUAAUUUUCUAUCCAAAUGUGAUUGUUAGUUACCUGUUAAAAACCCAGUCCUAGUAGCAGUUGCUUAAACCUAGUGGCUUGACUCUUCAUGUAUAAAAUAGGGAAGCCAUUCCUGGCUUGUUUUGGGGGGGCUGCUCUUGAAGGAAGGAAGGAAUGAUGAACAGAACAUUGUUUUGUUUCUUCCUUCUAGUUUAUAUCUUUCCCCCUCUCAGCACUUCUAGAUAAAGUUGGAACAUAAAAAUAAAAUACUGUAUCCCAUUACAAUUUGAAAAUGUUAGAGCAGACUGACUGGACAUUUAACUGUGGGGCCAAAAAGGAUUUUCUACUAUGCUUGCAGAUGGCUAGGUCAACUGAUUUCCUAAAAUUAGGAAAUGAUCAAACGGGGAAAGAUAUUAUUGACUUCUUUAACAUAGCUCUGGAAGCUUUAGAAGAAAGCCCCCUUUUAAUAGGGCCACAGAGAAGCUGAAUAUAUGUGUGUUUGGUUCUACAAAAUUUUUCUUCUUUUUCUUUUAAGGUCUUAUUUCCCCUGGAGUGUCAGUUCCUGUUCAAGUUCCCGGCAGUGAACCUGAUAUGUCUCAAUAUUGGCCAAGAUUACAGUAA